AUGAACAAUUGGAUUUGUAAAUGUGUAGACUGUUUUCUUUGCAUGGUAGCAGGUAUCAGUUUAGGUAGUUCUUGUUGGUGCAGUGGCAAAGUGUCAGUUGAUGCUAUUGGUGGCGCAAGUUUAACUAGUGAUUGUAACUUUGAACAGCAGGGUCAGACCGUGUAUCGGGUACGAUGGAAAGGCUAUACAUCAGACGAUGAUACCUGGGAACCAGAGGCUCACCUGGAAGACUGCAGAGAGGUGCUGCUUCAUUUCAAAAAGAAAACUACAGAAAGUAAAGCUAAACCAGCCAAAAAGGAAAAGGAAACUCAGAAGCUGAACCUUAGCACUGAUAUUUUUGAUGCAGAAUCUGAAGGUGAUUGGCGUCCUGACAGCGAGGAUGAAAUUCCUGUGAGAAAAAAGAAGAAAAAAGUAAGAGAGAUAAGAGAUGAUGAUGACUCUGAUGGAGUGAAAAAGAAGAAAUCGAAGUCUGUGAAGUCUAAAGAAACAAUUACAAGUGAUGACGAGUUAUCAGAUGACUUGACUGAAUUGACAUCCGGGAAAGAAUCAAAGUCAAAGAAGAGAAAUUUAGAAUUUCUAGAAGAUACUGCAAGUACAAAGAAACGUAAGAAAGAAGAGCGCAAAAAAGUAAAAAAAGAUACUGAUGAUAUUAAGAAAAAGCAUAAAGAUGUGUCAAAGGAAAAAAAAAAACGAAAAAAAGAGAAGGAAAGUGACACCAUUUUGGAAUCUAAACAAAGCUCAGAUGAUUCUGAUACUGGAACAGCUGAUCAUGUAAUGGAUGUACAGGAUAAAACUGAAGAGGAAAAAGUAGAAACAAAAACUGAGACUAAAACGGAGAAGGCAUUAGAAGAAACUUCUGAGGUGGAAGAAACUGCAUCAAAACAAGAACCAGUUGUAGCGAAUGCAGAAGAGGAGGUCCCUGAUGUAAAAGAAAAGGAAAAGAAAAAGAAGGAUAAAAAAAUUGAGCAACAAGAACAGAUAAGUCUCCCCAAAAAUAAAGAAGAAUCUUUAGAUAAAAAAAAUCUUAAGAAAGAUAGUCACAACAAAAAACAAAAGCAUCAAGAAAAAUCCACAGUUUCGGGAGAUACUGAUAAGGGUUCUAAUGUGGCUGCUAAGGUACAGAAAACUCCAAAAGUUAGUGUAGAGGAGACUGCCCCUAAAUUUGCUGCCAUCGCUGAUGAAGAUAGUGCUAAAAAAUCAAAAAAGCCAAAUGAAACCGAUUCUGUAAACAGGCCUUCUGUAAAGGAGAUGGAGUCCCCUAUAUCUGCAGCUAAAGAGAAAGGCUUAUCUAAACUUAGUGAAGAUGGCAAGGGGAAAGAAAAGACUCCGUCGGGCCCUGCUUCUUCAAGCCUUUUUGAGAAAUUUUCUGUAGAAAGUGAAGGGGAUAAAGGUGGACAAAAAACUGCAGAAAACAGCAGUUCUCUAGCUGAGAAAGGUGCAUUGGAGAAAGUAGAUGACACUAAGGUCACACCCAAGGUCCAAGACAAGGUGGCAAAGACAGAAGUGCCAAAAGAGAUCCCUGCAAAAAAGAAGGAUUCUGAGAAGGACGAAAAAGGCAAAAAGGAGCAGAAGAUAGAAAAAAAGGAACUGAAGAUAGAAAGUGCAAGGGACCUUAAAGGCAUUUUUGGAGCUUUCAGGAAGCAUCCAGAGGACCACAGUCGCCAGUUACAGAAAAAUGAGAAAACUGAAGAUGUUCCAAACUUUAGGUAUACGCCAGAAAGUAAAGCGAAGGAGAAUAAACCAGUGUUAAAGGAGCGAAGGGAUACACGAGAUGAUGAUAGCUGGUUGUACGGUCCUUCAGAAGUGACCCAUGUGGUUCAGGAUACUGUGAGUCAUACUGAAGAGAACCCUGAUGCUAAACAGCAAGUUCUUAGCCUGGGACUAGAUUUGCAGUUAGAGUGGAUGAAGCUAGAGAGCUUCCAGAAGCAUAUAGAUGGUGAAGAUGAAGUGCUUUCAACAACAGAAACCAUUUCAAACAGUGCUUUGAGGGAGGCUGUUAAGAAUGGUGACUACCUAUCAGUAAAGAUAGCUCUGAAUUCAAAAGAAGAGUACAACUUGGAUCAAGAGGAUUCUAGUGGAAUGACUCUGGUAAUGCUUGCAGCAGCUAGUGGACAAGAUGACAUUCUUAGACUGUUAAUAAAAAAAGGAGCAAAACUGAAUGCCAGGCAAAAGACAGGAACCACUGCACUAAUCCAUGCUGCUGAAAAGAAUUUUUUGACAACCGUGGCUAUCCUUUUGGAAGCUGGUGCGCUUGUAAAUGCUCAGCAGAUCAGUGGUGAAACAGCCUUGAUGAAGGCUUGUAAGAGAGGAAAUGCUGAUAUUGUCCGACUUAUGCUGGAAUAUGGUGCAGACUGCAGCAUUCUAUCCAAGCAUCAAAACAGUGCAUUACAUUAUGCCAAACAAAGCAAUAAUGUUAUGCUGUAUGACCUGCUCAGAAAUCAUAUGGACACAUUGUCACGAGUGGCAGAAGAUACUAUACGGGAUUAUUUUGAAGCUCGAUUAACAAUACUGGAGCCUGUGUUUCCUAUAGCUUGUCAUCGACUGUGUGAAGGACCAGACUUCUCUAUGGAUUUCACUUAUAAACCUCCACAAAAUGCACCAGAAGGAUCUGGAAUGCUUCUGUUCAUUUUUCAUGCAAACUUCUUCAGUGGGAGUGAGAUAGUUGCAAGACUUUGUGGACCUUGUAGUGUUCAAGCAGUUAUUUUAAAUGAUAAAUUUCAGCUUCCUGUGUUUUUGGAUAGCCACUUUAUCUAUUCCUUCAGUCCUGUAACUGGUCCUAACAAACUGUUCAUCAGACUAACAGAAGCUCCAACUGCGAAGGUUAAGCUGCUAAUUUGCGCAUACAGAGUCCAGCUAAACUGAAAAGUGGUAAUCAUUUCAAUCCAAAUGAAGGACAGUGGAAGGGCUUAUAGCUGCAAAAUUUCCCAGGUCUCUUGAAAAUAAAUAUCCAUUUCAGAUCUUGUCAGUAUAUCAGGCUGGGACUAUAUGCACAUUUGUUCAGUCAUUUCUGCCAGGAGCUAACUGCUACUAUGCCACUGUGAAGUGUCAUAUAUAAUUAUGCUGGACAGACAGUGUGACACAAGAAAUAAUGCAUCUUACAGUUUGGAAACUUUCAAAAAUGCUAAUAAUUUGGUGUUGGUAAAAAAAUAUUAGAAACCUUUCAUUCCAGAAAUGUUUUGUAUAGUUGUACUGCAUAAGUAAGCUUUUCCACAAUGUGGAAUGAGGAAUCGGUUGUAUAAAAGUAAAUAUUUAUGAAACAUUGUAAAAUGUUGUAAUUUUCAGUUAGCCAGGGUAAAUUUCCUCUCUUGAUUUUUUUUUUUUACUUGUUUUAGAAAGCUCUUUAUGAAUUUUAAUGUUUUAAAGUGAUAGUAUAUAUU